AUACAACCAACUACCAACUGCAACUAGUUUGGUUUUCACUUGUCAAAUGGCUACAAUAUCGUUAAGUCAACGGUCAACUUCUUUUCGCCAACCGUUAAAUGGUUCAGUGGUUGAGGAGAUCAGUGGGUUGAUUCGGGUUCACAAAGGUGGCUACGUCGAGAGACCUCUAGCUAUAGCUCAUGCGUCUUGCAUGGUCCCCUCAGGGCUCGAGGUUACAGCCACGGAUGUUACGAUAGACAAGUUUACUAGCUUGUGGGCCCGGGUGUAUGCCCCGAGCAAUUACAAACAGUUUUCAUCCAAAAGGCCGGUGGUGGUUUACUUUCAUGGAGGGGGGUUUUGUGUUGGAUCCGCUUCGUGGGCUUGUUACCAUGACUUUUUGUUAAAUCUUGCCCGGGAGGCGUGUUGUGUCGUUGUAUCGGUUAACUACCGGUUAGCCCCUGAGAACCGGCUCCCAGCAGCCUAUGAUGAUGGGUUCAAUGUCAUUAUGUGGCUAAAACAAGAGGGUUUGAAGGGAACGGUUAAUGAGCUUAAAGGGUGCGAUUAUUCAAAAGUAUAUUUAGCCGGUGAUAGUGCUGGUGCAAAUAUUGCGUACCAUGUCGCGUCACGGCUAGUGUCUAGGCCGGUCUUGUCACCCAAGGGAAUUAUUCUGAUCCAACCAUUUUUUGGGGGAGAGGCAAGAACUAUGUCCGAGAAGCAUUGUACACAACCCGUUAACUCGGCGCUGACACUAUCAGCUUCUGAUACAUAUUGGCGGCUCGCGCUCCCAGUAGGGUUUACGCGAGACAACCCAUGGUGCAACCCUCUUGCAAGGGGUGCACCGAGAUUGAGUGACAUGCGGCUUUUCAAGACGUUGGUUUGUGUGGCUGAGUUGGACAUAUUGAAAGAUAGAAACUUAGAAUUCACGUCUGCCCUAGCUAGGACGGGUGCACCAGUGCAAUCUGUCGUCUACAAAGACGUUGGACACGCGUUUCAAGUUUUAUAUAAUUAUCAACUUGCUCAGACCCGAACCCACGAGAUGAUUACUCACCUUAGGGCUUUCAUCAACCAGUAAUUAGUGUUUUGAUGGCUUUUAGAUUGUAAAAUCUAGCAUAAUGUUUUGUUCUUUUAUUAUAUAGAACUGUAAUCUACAUGCAAUAUGCUAAUAAUGUGAUAUAUGCUUUAGUUUUGGAAGAAAAUGAAAUGAAAAGUUCUAUA